GGAAAUUAGCUCGACUUUUUCCGCGAGAACCCGCACCUGACCAUCUCUGUACCACUGGCUCAGAGCAAGCGAACAUUUUAUCGCCACAAAAUUUUUAUGAAACCGGAUUUAUCACAUUUCCAAAAUGCCUCUGAAAUUCGAGCUUUGUCCUGGCAGGAUGAUUGGGGGUUCUAACCCCUGUUUCAUUAUUGCAGAAAUUGGACAGAACCACCAGGGAGAUAUCGAAAUUGCCAAGAAAAUGAUCAAAAUGGCCAAGGACUGUGGGGCAGACUGCGCCAAGUUUCAGAAGAGUGAACUUGAGUACAAGUUCAACAAACGUGCUCUGGAGCGUCCCUACACCUCCAAACAAUCCUGGGGCAAGACGUACGGAGAGCACAAGCGCCACCUUGAGUUCAGUCAUACACAAUACGUAGAGCUGCAGAAUUAUGCAAAGGAGGUUGGGAUUUUCUUUACUGCUUCAGGAAUGGAUGAGAUGGCUGUGGAGUUUCUACAUGAGCUUGAUGUGCCUUUCUUUAAAGUCGGUUCAGGGGACACCAACAACUUUCCCUAUCUGGAAAAGACUGCUAAAAAAGGUCGCCCCAUGGUGAUAUCCAGUGGGAUGCAGUCGAUGGAGACAAUGAGACGGGUCUAUCAGACGGUCAAGAAACACAAUCAGAACUUCUGCAUCCUGCAGUGCACCAGUGCCUACCCAUUGGAGGCUGAAGAUGUCAACCUGCGUGUCAUCGCAGAAUACCAGAAGGAAUUCCCUGAUAUUCCCAUUGGAUAUUCCGGUCACGAGUCUGGGGUCCACAUCUCCGUGGCAGCAGUGGCGCUGGGGGCAAAGGUCAUUGAGCGUCAUGUGACCCUGGACAAGAGCUGGAAGGGAAGUGACCAUGAAGCUUCUCUGGAGCCCUCUGAGCUGACAGAGCUGGUGAAAGCCAUCCGAUUGGUGGAGAGGUCUCUGGGGACGAGCAUCAAGCAGAUGCUGCCCUGUGAGAAGCCAUGCCACGAUAAGCUGGGGAAAUCAGUGGUGGCCAAGGUGGCGAUCCCCAAAGGCACGGUGCUGAGUAUAGACAUGCUGGGGGUGAAGGUGGGCGAGCCGAAGGGCGUUCCUCCCGAAGACAUCUACCAGCUGGUGGGCAAGUCCGUCACAGAGGACGUGGAGGAGGACGAGAGUAUCACCCCAGAUGUGGUCGAAAGCUACGGCAAGAAGAUAAAGUGCUGAGUUGAGUAAUCACCCUGGUAAUAGCCUACUGUAACCAUUGUAAUACCUUAACCACAAUGCCAAACAAGACAAUGCACUUUUACAGGCUGAGAAAAGUGAAAAGGUGGUUGUGGGAACAUCGAUAAUAUAGAUAUUAUUUAGAGGCCUAGAAGUCUCAGUUUCGGGGACAUGUUUUAUUUUUCUGGUUUCAUGUUGUUUUUUUACUUGAUGGAAACAAACCUUCAAUGAUUCAGACUUGACUAGUUAAGAAGAGAAAAUACAAACUAUGUUCAGUAGUGGCUGAAAUGAUUGCAUUCUAAUUCAAUGUUUAACUGUUCAUGUAUAAAUGAAAUGGCUAUUUUUUUUGUUAAAUUGCACAAUUGAUUGCACUGCAAAAAUGUCAAAUACAAAAUGCUAAACACUAA